AUUACUAUCAGCUGUUUGUAUUUACCUUAUAAAAUAAAUUAUUUUGUUGUAAGCGAUUGCAGCUUAAAUGAUAUUAAUGCAAAUGGAAUAAUGACUAUGACGUCACAAUAUAAUAAUGAACGUAUUAUCAUGGAGUCAUAUAAUAAUAAAUCCAUGCAACAUCAUAUUGUGGACCGCUUAAAACUGCUUUAUCCUAUGGUGAAUGAAGAAGAAACGCCUUUGCCAAGGGCGUGGAGUCCAAAAGAUAAAUAUAAUUAUAUAGGACUCUCACAAAAUAAUCUGCGUGUACAUUACAAAGGUUAUGGUAAAACACAUAAAGAUGCUGCUAGUGUACGUACAACGCAUCCCAUCCCUGCUGCUUGUGGAUUAUAUUAUUUUGAGGUGAAAAUCGUGAGCAAAGGUCGGGAUGGGUACAUGGGUAUUGGACUUUCUGCUCAUGGCGUAAAUGUAAAUAGAUUACCUGGAUGGGACAAAAACUCUUACGGUUAUCAUGGAGAUGAUGGACAUAGUUUUUGUUCAUCGGGUACUGGACAACCAUAUGGGCCAACUUUUACUACUGGUGAUAUCAUCGGUUGCGGGGUUAACCUAGUUGAUAACACUGCUUUUUAUACUAAAAAUGGACAUCAUUUAGGCAUUGCCUUUACGGACUUACCAUCGAACUUAUAUCCAACUGUUGGCUUGCAAACUCCAGGUGAAGUUGUAGAUGCAAAUUUUGGACAGGCACCAUUUGUGUUUGAUAUUACUGAUAUGAUAGAUGAGUUACGAGCUCGUACUAGAUUACAAAUUAUCAACCAUCCUUCGUUAGGGCAUGGCCAAGGCCAGUGGCAAUCUAUCUUGCAUAAAAUGGUAUCAACUUAUUUAGUACAUCAUGGAUACUGUGCUACAGCUGAAGCUUUUGCAAAUACGACAAAUCAGAUUUUUGGAGAAGAUCUUGGGUCAAUUAAAAAUAGACAGAAAAUAUUGAAAUUAGUUUUAGCUGGCCGCAUGGGAGAAGCUAUAGAUUUAACUAGUAAAUUAUAUCCCGGAUUACUAGAAAAAGAUCUAAAUUUGAUGUUUGCAUUAAAAUGUCGGCAAUUCGUUGAAAUGGUCAAUGGUACGGACUCUGAAAUAUUUCAUGGAAAUAUUGACAAUCAAACCAGCGUCAUCCAAUCUACUAAAGUUUUAGAGAAAACAAUAAUUAUGCGCUGUGAAGAAUUAAAUUAUAAUAAUAUGAAUGGACGGAAUGAGGAAAAUUUUAUAAACGGAGAGGUAGAAGACGUUGAAAUGGAGGAAUUUAUUUCAAAUGAAAUUAAAGACCACAGACUUGUUGAAUUAGAACAAAGAAAAAGUACAGUCGGUACUAAUGGUUAUAAAAAGUUUAAUGGGGAUGACAUUGCGAUGGAUAUCGAUCAGAGCAUUCAAAAUGUUCAAAAUAGUUAUGACUUUUCAAAUAAUACAUGCAACAAAUAUAAGCAAUUAUGUGGUGGUAAUAAACAUGCUAUUGAGAAGAUGCUAGAUUUUGGAAGGCAGUUAUAUGCACAAUCAAUGCAACUGCGACAAAAACAUGGCAAAAAUGAAAAUAACAAAAGAAUGUUACGUGAUGCAUUCAGUUUGCUUGCUUAUUCUAAUCCAUGGAAUUCUCCUGUAGGAUGGCAGUUGGAUCCUUUGCAAAGGGAAACUGUCUGUGCAAGACUAAACUCUGCAAUAUUAGAAUCUACGAAUUUACCACGCCGUCCUCCUCUAGAAGUAACAGUUUGCCAUGCAAGAGAAUUAGUUCAUCUGAUGUCGAAUGUUGGUCUAGGAGCUUGCGGGUUUGCAGUGGUCGAUGAUAUUAUUCAAUAUUAACGGUGCCUCAUUUCGCGACCAUGAUUCUUCAGAUUGCUUCCUCUCAAAUUGUAAACAAUGGGGGUACGAGCUCACGCCAUCGGGUACCAGCUCACGGUACUACAGCUAAGUGGGGAUACUAGCUCAAGAUAUGGGUACGGCACAAUGCCUCUCCGUUUCUACCACCACUCAAGGCACCGUCGAAUUGCCUACCGCUGGCCACACCAUCACUCUAACCGUCAUCGGAGCGUGAUACGGAAUAAGAGGAAACACCUAUUUAUUAAAUUGUUAUUUAUUAAUAAAAAACUUUUUCGAAUCAUUAUUAUAAUACAAUCAAUAAUUAAACUAAUUAAAAGUAUCUGAAAUAUAAUUAGGACUGAAACCUGAUUUUUUGGCGAUUCUGCUUAUUGCCAGUAGCCAUGUACCUUUCAGUGCGUAUCUCAUAAAUUGUUUUUGCAACUACUUUACAUUUGCAACAACAAUUUAAAAUAAAGGAAAACUCCAUAAUAAAUGGUAAAAACUAUUAAUA